AGUGACGUGUUGAUGUGAAUGGAAUUUCUUGUUUUCUAAUUGAUUAACUGCGAGUGUUUUAAUUGUUGAUUGUGAUUUAGUUUGGUUUUAUUUUCUUUAUUAAUGUGUACCGUCCAAUUUGGUGUCAAUGUAACUUAACAAUAAGUGAAAUGAGAAACUCUAAGUUACUUGCAAGGGUUGACAUUCCCUUGUAUAUGGUUAAGGUGAUCAAUGAGAGGCACAUAUUGGUUGCUGGUGGUGGUGGUCAAGCAAAUACCGGUGUUAAAAAUUCAGUUGAAAUAUAUGAGUUACUUGCACCUUCUCAUAAUGUUAAUAGUGAUGGUUUAUCGUCUUCUACUUGUUCAGCUCGAUUGGUUAAACGUUUUCUUACAGAUUCCAGAGCAAUUAUGAGUGGAACUGUUUUCCAAAAUGAUAGACAUCUAAUCUUGGCUGGAGGUGGUAUUAAUGGUGAAUGUUUACUUUGGCGAAUGAGAUUAAUAUCCAAACCUCGCCAGGAGACUGUUCAUAUUAAUGGUAAUGCUGGAGGAGGUAUUAGGCCUAACAAUAAUUUAAUCAAUAAUGAUGUUGGUAAUGCUGUUCGUCGACGAGCCGCUGCCGCUGCGGUUGGUGUUGCUGGGGAAAAUAAUGAUGGUGGAAAUGUUGCCGCUGCUGUUGGUAGAAGAAGUAGAACUAAUUCUGAAGUGGUUCCUGAAAGUGAAUUAGGAUAUACAUUUGAAUUUACUAAAUUAGAAGCUUUCAAGACAGACUUUUCAUCUCUCGAGGAAGAUGCUUUUGUCAAAGUGAUACGUUAUAACAAUAAUUUAAGUGCCCUGGUUGCUGGUGGAGCUGAUGGUCACAUAAGAAUCUGGAGAUAUCCAAAUGUAACCAAAUUAGUUGAUAUUCCUGCACAUAAAGAUGAAAUUGAUGAUCUAGAUAUUCAUCCAUUGGGUAAUGUGAUUGCAAGUGUCUCAAGAGAUGGACAUGGUUACAUUUGGGAUGCCAAUACUGGGAAAAGACAAUGUGAACUUGUAACAGAAAUUCCUGUGAUUAAAAAUUCAACUCAAUUAGUUAAAUAUGUUAUGAGAAGUUGUCGUUAUGGUUUGGUGGUUGAUUCUAAUCCGAUAACAUAUAAAUUAUUUACUGUCCACAAUCCAGCCUCACGUCACAAGCCACCUUAUCCAGCUUAUCUUUGUAAAUGGGAUACAAAUAAAUAUACAGUUGAAAGGUUAACAUCUCUCGGAGCAAUUAUGGUUUCAUCAAUGGCGAUUUCAGAUGAUGGCAGAUUCAUAGGAAUUGGAACACAAGAAGGAACCGUUGAGAUUUACAUCGCAUUUAGUUUGCAAAAAUUGUACAGUUAUCCACGUGCUCAUAAUAUCUUUGUAACCGGAUUAGAGUUUCUUAAAACUUGCCCAGAGACUCAACUGUUAACAGGUAAUAAUGACAGCUCACUGGUCAGUAUAUCUGUUGACCGUCACCUAGUUAUCCACAGUAUUCCCAGGCAAAAGACGAUUGGACUUACUGGAUCAAUGAUUUGUUUCGCGAUUGUUAUUUUCUCAAUCUACAUAAUCCUCGAAUUACUUGGUUUAUGAACUACAAUUAAUAAUGUCGAGUUGGAGAGAAACAAAACCAAGUUGAAUUAAUCGUAAUCAACUUUAACAAUCAAGGGAAAAACAAACUGUAUAAUGUAAAUUUGUGUAAAUUUAUUUUGACACACACACACAACUACAACAAAAAGAUUGAUUCACAAUCAAUUAAACAUCAUCAACUACAAUCAACAAGAAAGAAAAACAAAUUUCAUGACAAACAUUGAGUUGUCCAAACAAUUGCAAAUAAUUGAAUCAAUUUUUAUUAUUAUUUAGUGAAAUUAUUAAAUCUUUUUAUUACAAAAUCAAACGAAAUUGGUUAAUAACAAAUUAUAUAAACUGAAAGAAAAAAAAUAUAUAAAUUAUCUGAUAUUUGUUUUUUUCCACAAUAAAAUAAAAGGAGGAAUUAAUUGUUAUAUCGAAAUCAAA